AUGAGUUUAGAUACACUCUUUCAACAAAUUCUUCUGACUGAACAACAGUUAACUGAACAGACACAAAAACUCAAAGAAGUCAAAGUGGCCAUCAUUAGAUGCAAUGAGAAGAUCAAGAGUGCCACUGAAAAGUAUAAAAAGACCAAUGAGGAACUGGAUAUGAAGGCUCAGCGGUUGUCUGCGGUGAGGCUGCAGCACGACCUGAUGAGGAAAUGUGAAGACCAGAUGUUGAAGCAAAAUGAGGAGCUGCUCUGCCAGAACAGACAACUCAGGGAACGUCUGGCCAAGAUAAAGUGGGAGUCUAAAGAAGAAGAGAAAAACUUCCUCCAAGAGAUCUCGAAGUUCAACAGUGACUUCAGUCUUCGGGAGAACAGAGACGUAGUGUUCGAGAGCCAAACACACACUGAGAUCCUGGACCUGGAGAGGGAGGUGGACUCACUACACAAAGAGAUGGAGCUGAUGAGCAGCAGGAGCAGUCACAUGAGCUCCGUGCAGGAGGAGAAGAGAGCGCUGCGGCUCAAACUGCAGGGCCUGGAUAACAUCCGGAAAGAGCUGGAUCAGCAGCUGAUUGAGGCUGAAGCCGUGACAGAAUCUCUGCGAGCCGAGAGGCUGUUUGUCAGUCAGAAACCUCUCACUGACAGCACCUGUCUGAGGCUGAGAAAGGAGCUGGAGAUGCAUAAAGAAGGAGAGCUGGAGCGGCUGCGAGAGGCGCUCAGCUCAGAAAUACAACUCCUCAAGUCGAAGCUGAACAGCAGCCAGGGAAAUGAGCAGCAUUAG